AUGGUUCUCCCAGUCUCUGAUCCUACCAAAUCCUAUUGGAUUGAGGCCGCUGAAUCACCUCUCCGGAGUUUUCGUUCCAGCGAAGUCUUGCCAGAGGAGACUGACAUUGCAAUUAUCGGGAGCGGAUAUGCGGGUGCAUCCACCGCCUACUGGAUUCACAAGGGGACUGAAAACGCAGAGAGGCAACCCAAAGUGACUGUCCUAGAAGCACGAGAUAUUUGCGGGAGUGCCACUGGGCGCAAUGGGGGUCAAUUGAGACCACAUAUCUAUUCCCGGUAUCCGGUGUGGCGGGGGCGUUUUGGGGCUGAUGGCGCAAUGGAACUAAUCACUCAUGAGAUGGCACAUCUUGAGGCUUUCAAAGAGCUUUGCGAGCAAGAAGGCAUUACUGAAGAAGUUUGUCUCAAGUUUGGCGAAACUUUUGAUGCUGCCAUGACCGAGGAAGCAUGGAAACGCCUUAAAGGGGCAUUGGAAGCCAUGCGAGACGAUUACGGUGAUGAUAAUGAGUUUGUGAAAGUAUGCAGGGUGAUUGAAGACCCUACACAAGCAGAAACGUUCACGCAAAUGAAGGGAGCACUCGCAGCUAUAGUGCAUCCCUCUGGCCAGGUAUGGCCCUACAAGUUUGUCCAUGCUCUCUUUCGUAUCUUACUCCAAGCGGGCAACAUGUCUUUGCAUGCGAAUACCCCAGCCAUUGAGGUGUCGGAGCGAGAUUCCAAAGGCUGGAUUCAUGUAAAGACGACUAGAGGAAGUAUACGUGCCAGGGCUGUCGUUCACACUACUAAUAGAUGGGCCUCUCAUCUCUUACCAGAAUUUGAUAAGCUCAUCAUUCCCGACAGAGGAAGUAUGAACGCAAUCAAAGCACCGCCUGGAUUCAUCAAACACACUGGUGCUCAGCACUGGGACAGCACUGUUAAUAACUACCACCUUCAAUUGCCAGCGCCUUACAACACUAUCAUGCUCGGAGGUGUACGACCAAUCGUCAUCCAUACUCCAGAAAAAGUCAUGCCAAACGACCAAGAAGAUAAACAGUUCGUGGGAGUGUCCGACUUCUGCAAAUCAUGGCCAGCAUCCGACAUCAAAGACUGGCCAGGACCGGCUAUGGCAGAGCUCGGCAAGCCGGCUGACGAGGGUGGCUGUUGGACGGGAAUCCAAGGAGAAAGUGUAGACGGUUUUCCGUUCGUGGGCUCUGUCCCGGGUCAUGAACAUCAAUUCAUCAAUGCUGCGUUCACAGGACAUGGAAUGCCCCGAGUUUUACUCGCUUCCGCCCACGUCGCGCCCCUGGUACUAGACGCCAUUGGAUUUCAGCACACUCCGCCGCACCUCGCUGCGCCAUAUCCAGCCUUGCCUGAGCCAUUCCGUGUAACUAAAGAUCGGAUCAAUAUGCUGCUAGCUGAGAACAAAUGGGAAGAAAAGGUUAAGUCAUUCAAUACGAGUUGUGAAGCAAGCGCAACAAAGUCUUGCUGUGAUGCAGGCAGAAGAUACAUUACAAGAGUUUAG